CGGUUUAACCGGGAGUUUUGAAGGCUGUCAGCAGCGGAUUAGCUAAUCCAGCGUUACCUGACUGAUUUAUAUAUUUCAGUAGUUUAGACCCGCUGAGAUUAACCCAUGGGAAUGUCUGCUGAACUGCUGGAAGCCACGAAUAUGGUGAAGAGCCUGCGAGUGGCUGAGCUGCGCGAGUUCCUCUCCUCUAUUGGCAAGAGCAAGAAGGGCCUGAAGAAAGAGCUGGUCCAAAGAGUAACUGGGCUCCUCCAGAAAGAGAAAAGACCAGAUCUGCUCUCCACCAUCCAGGAGCUCUACAAACUCCGCCAGUCCACUACCGGCAAAAACAGGCGCUCGCAGGUCAUCUCCAUCCCGCCUUCUCCUGAGGUUAUAGCCAUGCCCACAGCUGAGUGCCUCAGCAAACCAGACGCAGUGACCCCCAGCAUCGUCUCUGAGCCGCAGAUGAUCAAGCUUCCCUUCUAUCAGACACUAGAGACCAUUGUUCCUCUAGUGCCAUUAGUGCCUGUUUCUGCUCAUAAACUGCAGACAGAUUCCAUCACAGUGUGCCUGACUCCAAACCAGUGGACUCAGAUCAGGAGCUCUCAAGGGUCCAAUUCCAAGCUGAAGUCCUUUCAAGUGGUGCUCAGAAUUUGCUACACAGAGAGUGUUGGCGUUGAAGACGAUCAAUAUCCACCCAAAAUUUCUGUGUUGGUCAACGGCAUAGAAUGCGACCUACAGAUCCGCUAUGCAUCCAGUAAGGAAGGCUUGGAGCCUUCUCGCCCCUGCUGCCCAAUCAAUCUCACCCCAUUAUUAAGACAGACCGCUGUGAACCGUGUUACUGUAAUGUGGGGUAAUUAUGGCAAGCGCUAUUCUGUAGCUGUAUAUCUGGUGAGGGCUUUCACCUCAACAGAUCUUUUUGAGCAUCUUCAGAACAAAGCUGUGGAAAGUGAGGAGCACUGCAGACAGAGAAUUUGUGAGAAGCUGUGUUGCGAUGCUGAGAAUGAGAUCGCCACCACAGGGCUGCAAGUGUCCCUGAUCUGUCCUCUGGCGAAAACCCGAAUGUCAGCCCCCUGUCGAGCGCAGCCGUGUGCCCACCUGCAGUGCUUUGACGCAGCCUUCUACCUGCAGAUGAACGAGAGAAAGCCUAGGUGGACCUGUCCUGUCUGCCAUAAGCCUGCUCUCUUUGAAACACUCCAGAUCGAUAGUUUGCUGAGUAACAUCCUCCAGAGCACAGAAGAAGAUGUGGAGGUGAUUGAGUACCUGUCUAAUGGCUCCUGGAGACCAGUGAGAGAAGAGUGCGAGAGCAACAAAACCCCAGACCACUCUCCACUCAGCCUCAAAAGUGAGCCUGUACUGCUAGACGACGUUGUGGAUCUAACACAGUGCUCGACCGAUGAUGACGACUGUAUCGAUGAUAAGUGGUGAUGCUCUGUGAAAGAAGACUUUAAAGACCAUUUGCUGAUGAUGAAUACUCUUUUUUAUUUUUUAGUGUUUCAAAGUAUUAUUUUUUAUAUUUAUAUAUAUCUAAACAAAUAUUGUCCUGAAUGUUGUUUGUACCUCUUUCUAUGUACACAAACUGUUUGCUGCUUACAGCAAGAAGAAUAAAGGUUUAUUUUUUUCUGCUGCACACUUUGAUUUUUCUUUUUUCCUUUGAAAUGUUUAUUUAAGUUCUUUCUUUAUUUUUUUUAACUUAUGUCAGUGUGUGUAUAUAUACAUGUAUAGAAAGAGAAGCAUACAAUAAAAAUGAUUUCAGACAAA